AUGCACAGUAAAGCACCAUUGGCUGCAGAUUAUACCAGGAACCUGUCUAGCCCUCCAAUCUCAAGGAGGAAUUCUUUGUCCCGUCUCCCAUCAUGGUCUUUUGAGCCAAAUGGUUUGGAGCAGUCCCUAAGCAACAGGAUUUGGAGUGGGUCAGCUCUGGACCUAAGGUCAUCACUGACUGAGAGUGCCCAGAAGCGAGCAGAUCUUGUGCAGCAACUACAGGGUGCUCAUGAGAAACUGGAAGGACAAUCAGAGGAGCUACGAAAACGAGACAAAGAACUUGAACUCAGUAGAUCCAAGAUAGAACUUCUGGCACUUAAACAGAAACAAUUAGAAACCUCCAUAUCUCAACUGGAGAAAGAGAAAGGUUGGCUGGAAGUGUCUCGCUAUGAGGAUAAAAAGCAAAGAGGAGAGCUGCAAGAUAGGAUUAUUAAUCUGGAAAUGGAAGUGAUGAAGGCAAAAUCAAAUUUGGAAAAUCUCAACUUCACAAACCAAAGUCAGAAGACUUCCACUGAAAAUGAUGACCUUAACCGAGAUCUGAGGACUGCACGUGAGAACCUUCUCUAUUUCCGUAACCGGCUAAAAGUUCUGGAAGCUGAGAAGAAACAGGCUGUUAAAGAGCUCAGAACAUUACAAGAGGGGAGCCUCAAUCAAACAAAUGAUGCAAACGAAAGAGUUACAGAAGUGCUUCGGGCCCAAAGCAACCUGCAAGAGGAGCUUGCUGAACUACAAAUGAACUUCAAUAACACCAGCUUGGAAAAGGAGCUGCUGUCAUCAAAAGUAAUGAGGUUAGAGGAGAAAGUGUCUGACCUCAACCUAAGGCUGAAGUAUGCACAAUCUGACAGAGAAAGAUUCCUACAGGAGAAGUUGGAGCUGACACGACGUUCUCAGGGACUGUCCCUAGAGCUGGAGUGGGCACAAAGGGGGCGUGAGGGGUUUACUGAUCAGGUCAGUGACCUACAUGUGGAGCUUGUGGAGGCAAAAUCUCAAGCCAAUCGUCAGGACCAGGAAAAAGUGCAAAUGAAAGAGGAACUAAUAAUGUUGAAACAGGUAAAUGAAAAACUGACUGCAGAGUUGCAACAGACACAGCAGAAGCUUCAGAGCACUUUGGAUGAGUUUCAUCAUAUCCAGGCAGAACAGAAGAUCUCUAGUAAUCUAACUGCAGCACUGGAGGCUGAGCGAGAAAAGCUCCUGGGGGAGAAAGAGUUGCUGAUGGGAUCAGUAGAAGAAGAUGAGAAGAGCAAGAGUUUACAGGAACUAAGGUCCUCCAAAGAACAACUAGAGGGGGAUAGAGAUGCCCUUCAUGCUCGCUGCCAGACACUGGAGGAGGCUCUGGAGCAGGCACAUGAGCAACUUGGCUCACAAAUCCAAGAGCAGCAGCAGGUCACAAUAUACUGGAAAGAUAGGUGGCACCAGGCUGCUGUGAGCCUUAAGAACCAAGAGGAGCAGUUGGAGCAAGAGAGAGCUCAAUGUCAGAAAGCUGUGGACAAGAACAAUGCGCUUCUGCAAGACUGUGAGAUGUUGGGGGCAGACACUGAAGAACUGUUUGAACUUAGAACAUCAUUAAACAGAUGGGAAUGCAUAGAGGAGGUGGGUGGUGGCAGUCAUGGAGGUGCAGUUAACUCAGAUAGGCAUGGUGUGCCUGUGGGAAAGAAGGACAAUAUCAGCAAUAUGCGAUCAAAAGAUAGAGUGGCCAGUGCUAACAAUAGAAGUAUAGGCAAAAUAGUGGAAAAUGAAAUAGAGGACAGAAGUAAUGAUGUGGAUAUUUUACAGGCACAGAGAUCCUUACCUGAGGCUCCAGGUCAAGUAGUAGCAGCUGAAACAGCGCAGCAGCAGACAGACUGA